AUGACUGAAGGCCUUAAAUUUCGUGAGCGAGUACCCUAUGUCAGUUCGAAUCGACAAAUGACAGUUCGGGUAGUUCCUAUUUCUUUGUUUUCGGACAAUACUAGUGGCAAUAGAUCUAAAAAAUGGAACUGUUUCAACAGCUGGGUGAUGAACAUUGCUGCGUUCGGUCUUGAGGAGAGCAACAAGUACGAAAAUCAUUUCUUUCUGUGUACCAGUAAUCACAAAGUCACCGCAAUGGAAAUGGUUAAGCCUUUGACAGAAGAUUUACUCGAGUUGGAAAAAGGAAUAGUGAUGUAUGAUGCCGAACUUCAAAAAAAUGUUUUUUUGAUUGCACUUGUACUGUUUUUUCGUGGAGACAACGUUCGUCAGGCGGAACUAGCCUUAAGCAAAGGAUCAAGGGCUAAUCACCCAUGUAGAUUCUGUUAUUGGCAAGCUGAUCCACCAAAGCCUAUGACCACUGGAAAACAACCUAUAGCCUUGAGUUCGAACAAAUGGGGAGAAAUCGGGUUCAAGCUGACAGGUGCUGAGGAUUUGUUAAACUUGGAGGCGGUCGAUUUGUCUCAAGAUUUGCCUCUUCAACUGUUAACUCAAUUUUUCCGAAACUACAACUCCAAAGCAUUGCAUCGCAACCUUACAUCUUCACUAACCGCAUUUCGCUCUUUUGUCGGAAGAGAUUUCAAAAUCAUCGUACAACUACUCCCAACACUUUUGCAAAAAGCAAACUUUUUUAAUCCUUCAUUGUUCGAUGAAAAUCAAGAUUCUUUUAGAUCCCUGUUUGAAUGCUUUGACAAUCUCGGCUUACUCGCUUCACUGAAGAAGAUCUGCUGCUGCUGGAACAGAAGCUAUCACCAAAAUGACUUUUCGUCAUUGUGCAACCGACUGAAAUCCCAUUUAUUGAUCCAUAUUUCACAAGAUGUUGAACGGUUUUCCGGUGGUCCUCAUACCGAGACUGAAAGAGGUGAGCAGCAACACAAGUUCAUGCGUGAGCUGUUGUGCCAUACUAACAGACAGAACGGUGGGCGAGAUGUUGCUGUUCGAUUUGCCGAAGAGUUCAUGCUUCGUCAUAUCAGUCAAGGUGGUUUAUUCGUUAAGGAUCCGUCUUCUUCAGUUUGGGAAACGUGUGGCGUCAAAGUUCUGGAAUCGUUUGAUGCAACGAUUAAUCAAAGGGAGCUUGAAUUAUUAGACAACAACAACAGCCAGAAAAAGCUUGCACUUGGAACUACUGGUGUCUUUCGCAAUGGUAACAGUUCCAAGUCAAGCGGUCUUUCCCUUGGUAGAAUUGUUAUGAAAAACGGUCAAGACUUCCUCGUCCAAGCAUAUGAUUUCGUUUGUCAUGACUCCUUUUCGCAAGGUCCACAAUCAAGUAUUUAUGAAAGUUGCGUUUUAGAUGUUGCUGGCAACGUUAUAACUCGCAGACUACCAGGUGACGAUUUUGUAAUUGCUGGUCAUGAACAAAAUCGCGUUGAAUUCGUGCUGGACAUGUCACAACCUCCUAUCUCUUCGGAUUACGACACUUCUUCGACGUUGAGUAUUAACAAAUCAAAAUUCGGUAGCAUUUGA